UGUGCAUGGCGUGCGCUGAAUUAUAAUAUAACCUAAAAUUAGCACAAACGUCAAUUUCUACUAAAAACUUAUUAAAAAGUGUUUGUUUGAGUGGAUUAAUGAUGUCGAAGCCUGAUUUAAAAUCCGUUAUUGAAUUAAAGAAGGAAGUUGCGCGUAUGGAAGAAGUUGCCAACUUUCUCCGAAUUGAAAACUUCGAAUAUGCCCUGAAGAUCAAUCGAUUGGAAAAUAUCAUCACAAGUAUACAAGCCGUAACCAAGGAUCACCCUGCAAAGCUUGUAGAACUAUCUGAUGGUUUACUCAAAAUUAUUCACACUUGCAACGAAGUGAAUCCAUCGACAGCCCCAGCUCCAGAAACCAAAGAGACGACUCCCAAGGACCAGAGUCAAAUCUCCGUGAAGGUAACUCCAGCGUCGCCAUCAACAUCAAGACCAAGCAAAGCCCAUGUGGUAAAGCCCCAUAUGGUAAAUGGACACAUACUAUACAUUCCCACCAUAAAUCUGACACGAAUAAGUGAAAACAAUUCGUUACAAAGGGAAAAUAACUCCUUGGUUGAGGAUUCGACUUUGAGAGGGACUACAGCAGCAUCGACUUCGUCUCAAACGAUUGAGACUGAAAAUAAUUCAACACGUGAGUUCCAUAGUGGCAGUGUUUCGCACUUGGAGAAUGUUUCUCAAGCGUCGACGUCGAGAUCACCGACACAUUCGACUGUACUUUCAGGAACGUUUCAAGAAGUAAAAAUAUAUCUUAACCAAGUGAGCCAAGAAAGUAUUAACGGAGAAACGCGAAAAUCUGUUUCUCCACGACGACCAUCUGCUUCUCCGAGACGACUAUUACGUCGACACAGGUCGAGUGGCUUAUUGAGCAGUGUCACUACAAGAAGACACAACCGAAAAUAAAUUUGUUAUAAUAUAAUUAAUUCAUUAUAAUUUUCUGGGCCCAGUUUAUUUAUUAUAGGUUUUUUGCAUACUAUAAUGGGUCGGCAACGUUUGUGACAAUUUCAAUUAUUUGAAUAUAAUUCCUUUCAAGCUUGAA